GUCAGCUGUGUCGACACCUCACUCUUCUCUGCCCUCUUUCCAAACGACCUUCGAGACCGUAGCCGGCGGGUUCCUCCCCUUGUGCCGUGCUGACGAUAGAUGAACUUGUACCUGGUGCACAACGAUCCAGAGCGGACGACACUCGUCUCCUCCAACGGGGUGGCGCAGUACCAGGUGCGGACGAUACAGAAGUCCCUGCUGAGCGGGUCAGCGGUGUCGACGAUCAUCCGACCGGCCCCGACGGCGAGGGAGAGCAUCGUCGCAGAGAUCGAGUGGAGGGCAUGGGGCAAAAGGCCGAUUGUCCGGAGCAACGUGUUCGACGGGACUGCCCAGGAGCUGCCUGUGGACGAGCUGCUCUUCAAGUCGUCAUCGACGAAAUUCAGCGCUCUUCGAGAUCUCUGCCACAACAAGCGAUAUUUCCUCGGGAACGACGAUCAUGUUUAUUGCUGGCGGGUGGUCAAGGGCAUUGGCUCCGUACUUACUUGUAAGAAGACUGGAGAAGAGGUCGCACGUUUCACAGAAGACGUCGUCGAGGAGGGUUUCUUCCGACGCCAGAAGAAAUGGUUCCUGCAAAUACAGCCGUCGACGCUCGAUAUUGACAUGGUCGUCAUCACGUUCAUCAUCAUGGAGAAGAGACGCAGGGACAAAGUGACGGACCCUCUCGCAGUGCGCGUGCUGGAGCACGAUGAGGAUCCUGGAGAAGGUGGUGGGAUCGAGGGCUGAGGGAGUGGGAUAGGCGGAUUCCUUGAGUGCAUUUCUUUUGGGUUUUAUGUUGGGUCAUCAUCCGGGUUUGGGGGACUUUCAUCAUCAGGGACUGGAAGGAUUCGUUUGUUGGGUUUCUUGUAGUGUUUGGCUGAACUCACAUCGUAACUGGGCAGUGCAUGAAUACACGGAGUACGAACCAGACAUACCAGCUAUCGUCGUGACCGAGGAGGUACUCGAGGCAUGUGACCGCGACGCGCGUCGAUACAUGACGCGUGA